GAAGGAAGGAAGGAAGGAAGGGAAGGAAGGAAAGGAGGGAUGAUGGAACUAAGAUGGCAGCCAAACUGAGGGUGCUGCCUCUCUGGGAUCAAGAAAUAUUCACGGAACACAUGAAAACGAAAGUCGACAGGACGCUCGCUGGAAAAACAAGUGAUACGGCGUCGGUUAUUCCCGAGGGGAAUUAGCUAUGGCUUGAGAAGCGGGAAGGUGGUGAGGCUGUUGUCCGGAUCGGAACCGACGUUGUUGUUGUUGCACCACCACAGCGGCUUCAAUUUGCGCUGAUCCUGGAUGCUAAGUGUGUCGUUUCUGCUCUUACGAACGGACACAUGAUGUGACGCGUGGAGGAUUUGUGUGUCACGGCUGGCUGUUACCUACCUUUUGUGUGAUUUAUGCAUUGUUCCCCAAAACGAUGAUGUGUGCUGCUGCGGCAGCGGCCGCCGGCGGAGGGAUUCUGCCCUCCUCAUCGCCGCUGAUGGGGCUGGGAUUCAGGGUCAUUUCUGGAGCCGGAGCCGGAGCCGAUCUGUCCUCCAUCGGAUCGGGUAUGAUGGGUUCGUGUCCGACAGCCGGAGCCCAGUCGGACUGUCGGACUCGGUACCAGAUUUUACUCUCAGGGCGAGCUCUGGCGGAGAGAUAUAGAAGGAUUUAUACCACAGCUAUCAACGACAAAGAGCAAGGAAUAAACCAAGGAAGGGGCAAGAAGGCUUUAAGUAAGAAGAAACUGAAGAGACGGCAGAAGGUCAAAUCAAAAGUCAAAUCCAGAACAAAGGCCGAGAGUCUGGAUGGAGCCGUUUGUGUGCCGGACAUCAAGCUGCAUAGCAACCCGUCAGCGUUCAACGUCUACUGCAACGUGCGGCACUGUGUGCUGGACUGGCAGCAGCGAGAGGCCUCCCUGGCACUCGCCUCCCGGAGCUCGGUGCAAAGCGGUGACUCUGACAGCGAGGAGGAAGAAGAGUACCGUGAGCCGCCUGUCAAGCUGCCAAAGAUCAUUGGCAUCGGUUUGUGUGGCGUGUUUGAGCUGAUCAAGGAGACACGGUUUUCUCAUCCUUCACUCUGCCUCCGUAGCCUGCAGGCUUUGUUGGACAUGUUGCAGGGUCAACAGCCUGAGGGCUUCCAGACGGAGCCUCCGGAUGUGCUCGAGUCUCUAUUCCAGUUGUUGUUGGAGACCACAGUGCGGAGCACGGGCCCCAACGACCCCACAGGCCAGGCCAUCACCGCCCUGUCCUGUGCCUGCCUGUUCAGUCUGGUGGUGGCCUGGGGAGACACCGGCAAAAUCCUGCAGGCCGUCUCUGCCAUCCUCACUAACAACGGCAGCCACGCCUGCCAGACAAUACAGGUUCCCACCAUAAUGAACGCACUACAGAGGAGCGUACAGGCCGUCCUGGUGGGAAAGAUACAAAUUCAGGAUUGGUUUGGAAACGGCAUCAAACGUGCAGCCUUGAUGAACAAGUGGGUUCUGAAAGAGGUGUCCAUCGACGAAGACGAGCACUGCCUUCUACAGACCGAUGGUUCUUUUCUGUACUUGCUCUGCAAGGACGGACUCUACAAAGUGGGCUCUGGAUACAGCGGCACUGUCCGGGGCCACGUGUACAACUCCACAUCUCGUAUCAGGAAUCGGAAGGAGAAGCGAUCAUGGUUGGGCUUCGCUCAGGGGUAUUUGUUGUAUCGGGACACAAGUAACCACAGCAUGUCAGCUGUCAAGAUCAACCCAGAAACUUUGGAGCACGAGGGGACUGUCGCCAUGCCAGGUCACCACUCAGAUGGACAGAACAUUGUCUUCACAGAUGGAGAAUACGUCAACCAGAUUGCCGCCUGCAAAGACGAUGGUUUUGUGGUGCGGAUCUACACGAUGAGCUCAGACCCAGCUCUGCAGCAGGAACUUCAGCUGAAGCUGGCGAGGAAAUGUCUGCAUGCCUGUGGGAUCUCUCUCUUUGACCUGGAGAAGGACCUGCACAUCAUCAGUACGGGCUUUGAUGAAGAGGCAGCGCUGCUUGGAGCAGGCAGAGAGUUCGCUCUGAUGAAAACCGCCUCGGGAAAGAUCUACUAUACCGGAAAGUAUCAAAGCCUUGGCAUAAAACAGGGUGGUCCUUCAGCAGGGAAGUGGGUGGAGCUGCCUGUAACCAAGUCGCCCAAGUUCGUUCAGUUCUCAGUCGGACAUGAUGGCUCUCAUGCGCUGCUCGUGGCUGAAGAUGGCAGCGUGUAUUUUACAGGCUCUGCCAGCAAAGGCGAGGACGGAGAGUCCACCAAGAGUCGCAGACAACCAAAACCCUUUAGGCCCAAGAAGAUGAUCAAAUUAGAGACCAAGACAGCGGUGUACACGUCGUGCAACAAUGGCAGCAGCAGCAUUGUCACCAAGGACGGAGAGCUGUACAUGUUCGGCAAAGACGCCAUUUACAGUGACAGUACCUGUCAGGUAACAGAUCUCAAAGGUCACUGUGUAACUCAGGUUGCUAUGGGAAAGGCUCAUACAUGUGUCCUUACCAAGAGUGGGGAAGUAUGGACAUUUGGAGUGAACAACAAGGGCCAGUGUGGCAGAGACACCGGAGCCAUGAGCCAGACAGGGAAAGCCUUUGGGGUGGAGAGCAUGGCCACAGCCAUGGAUGAGGACCUUGAGGACGAGCUGGACGAGAAGGAGGAGAAGAGCAUGAUGUGCCAGCCGGGCAUGCACAAAUGGAAGCUGGACCAGUGCAUGGUGUGCACUGUGUGCGGAGACUGCACCGGCUAUGGUGCCAGCUGCGUCAGCAGUGGCCGACCAGACAGAGCACCAGGAGGUAUCUGUGGCUGUGGGUCUGGUGAGUCCGGCUGCUCAGCAUGUGGAUGUUGCAAAGCCUGUGCCCGGGAGCUGGAUGGUCAGGAGGCCAGGCAAAGAGGCAUCUUCGACGCUGUGAAGGAGAUGAUCCCACUGGACCUGCUGCUUGCUGUGCCUGUCCCUCCCCCUCCAGGCGUGAACAUCGAGGAGCACAUUCAGAUACGUCAGGAGGAGAAACGGCAGAGGAUCAACCGCCGGCACAGGCUGGAGGAAGGCCGAGGCCCCCUUGUUUUUCCUGGCCCAAUUUUUAUGAACCAGCGUGAGCAGGCCCUAGCCAGAAUAAGGCCCCUUCAGGCACUAAGGCAUAAGCGGGACAAGCACAAAGAUGGUAGCAGUGAGCGCGGCGAGAAAGAUGCCAGCAAAAUCACCACCUAUCCACCAGGAGCGGUGAGAUUCGACUGCGAGAUGCGAGCGGUGCAGGUCAGCUGCGGUUUUCACCAUUCUGUGGUCCUGAUGGAGAAUGGAGACGUCUACACUUUUGGUUAUGGCCAACAUGGCCAGCUUGGACACGGAGACGUCAACUCCAGGGGUGCUCCAACUCUGGUGCAAGCCCUGCCAGGUCCCAGUGUCCAGGUGACAGCUGGCAGUAACCACACAGCUGUUCUCCUCGUGGACGGACAAGUGUUUACAUUUGGCAGCUUCUCUAAAGGGCAGCUGGGCCGACCAAUCCUAGACAUGCCCUACUGGAAUGCUAAGCCGUCACCUAUGCCUAAUAUUGGUGCCAAAUACGGACGGAAGGCUACCUGGAUUGGUGCCAGCGGAGACCAGACAUUCCUGCGGAUUGAUGAGGCCCUUAUCAACUCCCAUGUCCUUUCUACUUCAGAGAUCUUUGCCAGCAAACACAUUAUAGGCCUCGUGCCCUCUUCUGUGUCUGAGCCACCUCCAUUUAAAUGUUUGCUCAUCAACAAAAUGGAUGGAAGCUGCCGGACCUUCAAUGAUUCAGAGCAGGAGGACCUGCAGGGCUUUGGCCUGUGCCUGGACCCUGUGUAUGAUGUCAUAUGGAGGUUUUUGCCAGCAUCAAGAGAGAUGUGGUGCUACAAUGCGGUGAUCGCUGAUGCCAGAGCGCCCUCGGCAACAGAUCUGCAGGCUCGCUGUAGCAUCCUUAGUCCCGAGCUUGCGUUGCCCUCUGGAUCACACGCCACGACCACUCGCUCUCAUGGAGCUCUACAUAUUCUUGGGUGCCUGGAUACUCUGGCAGGCAUGCAGGAGCUGAAGAUGGGUGUCGCCAACGCUGAAGAGGAAACCCAAGCAGUGAUGAAAGUCUACUCCAAGGAGGACUACAGUGUGGUCAACCGCUUUGAGAGUCAUGGUGGUGGCUGGGGCUAUUCUGCACACUCUGUGGAGGCCAUCCGCUUCUGUGCUGAUGCAGACAUCCUGCUGGGUGGGUUGGGUCUCUUUGGGGGUCGAGGGGAGUACACUGCCAAAAUAAAGCUUUUUGAGCUGGGACCUGAUGGAGGCGACCAUGAGACAGAUGGUGAUCUGCUGGCUGAGACGGAUGUUCUGGCCUACGACUGCGCUGCCAGGGAGAAAUAUGCUAUGAUGUUUGAUGAGCCGGUCUUGCUGCAGCUGGGCUGGUGGUAUGUGGCGUGGGCCAGGGUGUCGGGUCCCAGCAGCGACUGUGGCUCGCACGGACAGGCGACCAUCACGACUGAUGAUGGUGUGGUCUUUCAGUUCAAAAGCUCUAAGAAAUCAAACAACGGUACAGAUGUUAAUGCUGGACAAAUACCUCAGCUACUUUACAGACUUCCUUCAAAUGAUGGCAAUGCAUCUAAAGGGAAACAGCAGACCAGUGAGCCUGUGCAUAUUCUAAAACGCUCCUUCGUCCGCACAGUCUCGGUGGAGUGUUUCGAGUCACUGCUGAGCAUCCUUCACUGGAGCUGGACCACCUUGGUACUUGGUGUGGAGGAGCUUCGAGGACUGAAGGGCUUCCAGUACACGGCCACCCUGCUGGACCUAGAGAGGCUGCGCUUCGUGGGCACAUGCUGCCUCCGCUUGCUCAGAGUUUACAUCUGUGAGAUCUUCCCUAUAGCAGCCAGCACCAAAGCUGUGGUGGAGGAGUCGAGCAAGCUGGCUGAGUGCGUGGGGAAGACGCGCAGCCUGCUGAAGAAGAUCCUGUCUGAAGGAAUGGAUAACUGCCUCACCAAGCUGGACAACGACCCCCAGGGCUACUUGUCUCAACCCCUUACCCUGCUAGAGGCUGUGCUGCAGGAGUGUCACAACACCUUUACUGCUUGUUUCCACUCAUUCUACCCCACCCCAGCUCUGCAGUGGGCCUGCCUCUGUGACCUGCUCAACUGUCUGGAUCAGGACAUUGCCGAGGCUAACUUUCGCACGUCCAGCAGCCGUCUGUUGGCGGCCGUGAUGUCAGCUCUUUGCAACACCUCUGUCAAGCUGACGUCCAUCCUGCCCAUUGCUUAUGAUGGUGAAGUGCUACUGCGUUCUCUGGUUAAACAAGUCAGCACAGAGAAUGACUCUGCUCUUGCUCACCGCUUCCCCCUGCUGGUGGCUCAUAUGGAAAAACUAAGUCAUACUGAGGAGAACCUGAUGGGGAUGACCAGUUUCCGGGAGGUACUGGAGAAGAUGUUGGUGAUCGUUGUGCUGCCAGUGAGGAAGACUCUGAGGAAGGAGGUGGAGCUGUUCUCCCCACAUCUGGUCUCUAACACCUGUGGCCUCCUGGCCUCCAUCGUUUCUGAACUCACUGCGUCUGCUCUGGGCUCAGAGGUUGAUGGUCUGAACUCACUCCAUUCUGUGAAAGCAACUCCAAACCGUUUCACCAAAACAAGCCAGGGUCGGAGUUGGAACACGGGAAACGGCUCUCCAGAUGCCAUCUGUCUGACGGUGGACAAGCCCGGUGUUGUCCUGGUCGGGGUGUGUGUUUACGGAGGCGGAGGCAUCCACGAGUAUGAACUCGAGGUCCUUGCUGAUGAUGCUCAGACUGAGCACCCAGGGGACUCCGCACAUUCUCACAGGUGGACGUCUCUGGAGCUGGUUAAGGGUACUUACAGCACUGAUGAUUCUCCAAGUGACAUUGCUGAGAUUCGCCUGGACAAAGCUGUCCCUCUCAAGGAAGGGGUGAAGUACGCUGUCCGACUGCGAAACUACGGCAGCCGUACUGCAAACGGGGAUGGAGGUAUGACCACUGUGCAGUGCUCUGAUGGUGUGGCUUUCACCUUCAGCACCUGUAGCUUGAGUAGCAAUGGGACAAACCAGACCAGGGGACAGAUCCCACAGAUUCUCUACUACAGGAGUGAGUAUGAUGGAGACCUCCAGUCUCAGCUGCUGAGCAAAGCCAACGAGGAGGACAAAAAUUGUAGCCGAGCUCUGUCUGUGGUCAGCGCAGUCGUUAGAGCGGCAAAGGAUCUUCUGCAUCGAGCAUUUGCUGUGGAUGUGGACGAUAUUCCUGAACUGUUAAGUUCCUCCAGUCUAUUCUCCAUGCUCCUGCCUCUUAUCCUGGCCUACAUUGGACCUGUAGCUGCCACUGUACCAAAGGCUGCUGUGGAGGUGUUUGGACUGGUUCAAGAACUGCUACCCGCUGUCUCUGCUCUCAACCAAAAAUAUGCACCACCCACUUUCAAUCCCAAUCAGUCAACAGAUAGCACCACCGGCAACCAGCCUGAGCAGGGCCUAUCUGCUUGUACCACCUCAAACCACUAUUCUGUAAUUGAGAGUGAUCACCCUUACAAGCAAGCUGGAGUCACACAGUACAGGGUAUCCUUCCCAGACUGUGUUCGCUGGACCACUAUUGAAUUUGACCCACAGUGUGGUACUGCACAACCAGAGGAUGUCCUACGUCUGCUCAUCCCCAGUCGUACCCUCCACCUGUCCAGCUUUUUGGGCAAACCAUUAAUCCAUAACACCAUCAACACCUGGACUGAGCUCAAGAAGUUCUCAGGUUCUAUAGGCUGGCCAACCACCGUCCUAGUGUUGCCAGGUAAUGAAGUGCUGUUCUCACUGGAAACUGCCUCUGAUUAUGUCAAAGAUGAGAAAGCUUGUUUCUAUGGCUUCAAGUGUGUUGCAGUGGGGUACGAAUUCAACCCUGGCCCUGAUGAGGGUAUCAUUCAGCUGGAGAAAGAGCUGGCCUACUUAGGGAGCGUGUGUGCUGCAGCUCUGAUGAAGAAAGACCUGGCACUGCCAAUAGGCAAUGAAUUGGAAGAGGAUCUUGAGAUUCUUGAGGAAGCCUCUCUUCAGGUGUGUAAGGCCCACUCAGGCAUUUUGGGAAAGGGCCUAGCCUUGUCUCACUCUCCCACCAUCCUUGAGGCCUUGGAGGGGAAUCUUCCUCUUCACCUCCAAACCAAUGAGCACUCCUUCCUCGAGGACUUCAUCACCUGUGUCCAGAACUCAAGUGGAGGCCGUCUGGCCAGGUGGCUGCAGCCGGACUCAUAUGCAGACCCCCAGAAAACAUCUCUGAUACUCAACAAGGAUGACAUACGCUGUGGGUGGCCAACCACUGUGGUCGUACAGACCAAAGACCAAUAUGGGGAUGUGGUUCAUGUUCCAAACAUGAAGGUUGAGGUAAAGGCUGUACCUGUUUCACAGAAGAAGUCGAUGCAGCCGGACAAUGUCAAGAAGCUUCAGCGUCUUCCUGGAAACUCCUCCCCAUCAUCCACUGGCCCAGACUUAACCUUUGGCGGUCUGCCUGUCCCCAAGUUGGACAGCACAUACGAGCCUGUGAUUGUCAAAGAGGCUCGAUACAUUGCCAUCACCAUGAUGAAGGCAUAUGAAAGCUACUCGUUUGAAGAGUUGCGUUUUGCUUCACCCACCCCAAAGAGACCCAGUGAGAACAUGCUGAUUCGUGCCAAUACUGAUGGAACGUACAGUGCCAACUGGACUCCGGGAGCAGUAGGACUCUAUACAAUCCACGUCACCAUUGAUGGCAUUGAAAUAGAUGCUGGUUUGGAGGUAGAAGUAAAAGAUCCUCCGAAAGGUAUGAUACCUCCUGGAACUCAGAUGGUCAAACCAAAGGCUGAGCCGCAGCCUAGCAAGGUCCGCAAAUUUGUGUCCAAGGACAGCGCAGGCCUGCGUGUUCGUAGUCACCCCUCCCUGCAGAGUGAACAGAUAGGCAUAGUGCAUGUCAAUGGCACCAUCACUUUCAUUGACGAGAUCCACAAUGAUGAUGGUGUGUGGCUCAGGCUCAAUGAUGAAACAGUAAAGAAGUAUGUUCCCAGCAUGAAUGGGUACACUGAAGCGUGGUGCCUCUCUUUUAAUCAGCACCUGGGCCGGAGCCUACUGGUCCCAGCUGACGAGGUCAGGGGCCAAACGGAGGAGAGCGUAAAGGAGGUGAGCAGCUGUCCCUCCCACGAGGCCCCCAUUCGGGUGCAGAACAGGGCAGGGCAGGGCGGCGGUCCGGGGCUUUAUAAGGUAGUGAAGACCGGCCCCUCUGGUCACAACAUCAGAAGCUGCCCAAACCUUAGGGGUAUCCCCAUUGGAAUGUUAGUACUUGGCAACAAGGUCAAGGCCGUAGGCGAGGUGGUGAACUCAGAAGGGACCUGGGUGCAGCUGGAUAAGAACAGUGUCGUGGAGUUCUGUGAGAGUGAUGAAGGCGAGGCCUGGUCACUCGCCAGAGACCGUAGUGGCAACCAGUACCUUUGUCAUGAUGAUGAACAAACGUUGGUUGAGCACGGGGCCCAGACACCUCCGCCCAGCCCCUUCUCUGUGCAGGCCUUCAGCAGAGCUACAUCAUCCAAUGGAGCACAAGGGUUUGACUACGGCAUUUCAAACAACAAAGGUGAACGAGGGAACCUGUUGUCCAGCACACGACCCAUGUCGCCAGGAUCCAAACACCGUCAAGAGAAUCGUUCACCAAAACAGGAGAGUCGAGGAAGCCGCACAUCUGACCAGAGCAGAGUCAAGACUGGUGACAGUGGACUUUCAGCAAGUGAAGCCCUCAUACUUCGCUCAGACACAGCCAAGUUGAGGUCUGACUCUCAUAGCCGUUCCCACUCCCCAAAUCACAACACUCUGCAGGCAUUAAAGGCCGAUGGACGACCUACAGGGCUACGUGCUGAGUCCCCGAACCCAGGCUCUCGUUCUUCCUCUCCUAAACAGAAAGUCCUGUCCUCUUCAGGCAGGUUGAGUCCCUCCAGCAACACCACCCAGCACUCAUCUUCCACUCAUCAUGACAAAAACCUCCCACCUAAAGUUAGUCCAUCCUCCAAGGUCCAGCUGGACCCUCCGAGAGAAAGGUCUAAAUCAGAUUCCUACACCCUGGACCCUGACACACUUAGAAAGAAGAAGAUUCCACUUACAGAGCCACUGAGGGGCAGGUCUACAUCCCCAAAACCUAAGCUGUCCCCUAAAGAUCCAAAUAAAGGAGUGAUAAAUAAUGUGGAGAACCGUGUUCCUUCUCCACAUGUGACCCAGGAAAACCUGCACAGCGAAGUGGUUGAAGUUUGCACCUCUAGUGCGCUCCUUUCUAAUGAAGAUACCAAUGAUGAGAAUGUAGACGUCCGGAAUGUUGAUGAGGGCUCAUGUAAGGUGCACUUUAGCAUUGGUAAAGCCCCAGUCAAAGAGGAACUAGAGAGCCGUUCAUCACCCAAAGUCAGCCGUAAAACCUCCUGUCGCCAUGCACGCCCAAAGAAGGACAAAUCUGGUCCCCUUUUUAAAGCCGAGACUUCCCAAAGACUCACAGAACCUGCCAAACAGGCCAUGUCACCCUCUGUGGCCGAAUGUGCACGAGCAGUCUUUGCAGCAUUUUUGUGGCAUGAGGGUAUUGUCCAUGAUGCUAUGGCAUGUUCAUCCUUUCUCAAGUUCAACCCGGACUUAACCAAAGAGCACGCUCCUAUUAGAAGCUCGCUUGGAGGACAAGGAGCAGAGGAGAAGGAGAACAAGUUAAAGAAUCGUCACUCCUUAGAGAUUUCCUCUGCCCUGAAUAUGUUUAAUAUUGCUCCCCACGGCCCAGACAUCUCCAAAAUGGGCAGCAUCAACAAAAAUAAAGUCCUCUCCAUGCUGAAGGAGCCUCCACUCCCAGAAAAGUGUGAAGAUGGGAAAGCAGAAGCCAUUUCUUAUGAAAUGGCUUCUCAUCCGGCUAUGAGAGCAAAAUCGAUCUUACCGUUGACUUUGCAGCAUCUGGUGGCGUUCUGGGAGGACAUCUCUAUGGCCACCAUCAAGGCAGCCACCCAGAACAUGAUCUUUCCCAGCCCGGGGUCUAGUGCCAUGUUAAAAAAGAAGGAGCAUGAGAAAGAUGGUAAAAAGGCAAAGAAGGAGAAGAAGAAAAGAGAGAAAGCCGAGGUGCGACCAAGAGGGAAUCUGUUUGGAGAGAUGGCACAGCUGGCUAUGGGUGGACCAGAGAAGGACACGAUCUGUGAGCUGUGCGGAGAAUCUCACCCGUACCCUGUCACGUACCAUAUGAGACAGGCCCACCCAGGCUGUGGCCGCUAUGCAGGAGGCCAGGGUUACAAUAGUAUUGGCCACUUCUGUGGUGGUUGGGCUGGGAACUGUGGAGAUGGAGGCAUAGGGGGCAGCACUUGGUACCUGGUGUGUGAUCGCUGCCGGGAGAAAUACCUGAGAGAGAAGCAAACUGCCGCCAGGGAGAAGGUGAAACAGUCCAGAAAGAAACCUCUGCAAGUGAAGACCCCGAGGGCACUACCCACUAUGGAGGCCCACCAGGUGAUCCGGGCAAAUGCUUUGUUUCUGCUGUCGCUCAGCAGCGCGGCCGAGCCAAGCAUGUUGUGCCACCACCCUCCGCGACCGCUGCAUUCACAGCUUCCUAGCCUCAAGGAGGGCGUUUCAGAUGAACUCCCAAAUAAGAUGGGCUGCCUCUACCUACAGACACUCGCUAGGCAACAUACAGAGAACUUUGGAGGCUACCAAGAUGACAGUCUCUUCCAAGAUGAGAUGAGAUAUUUGCGCUCCACCUCGGUUCCCGCACCUUACAUUUCAGUUACCCCGGACGCCUGCCCCAAUGUUUUUGAGGAGCCAGAGAGCAACAUGAAGUCAAUGCCGCCAAGUCUUGAGACCAGUCCGAUAACAGACAGUGACACGGCGAAGCGCACAGUGUUUCAGAGGUCAUACUCAGUCGUAGCCUCUGAGUACGACAAGCAACACUCACCCUCCCAGGCUCGUGCCAAAGCCGUCCCCAGGCGAAGAGUCCACAGUGGUGACGCAGAGGUGGGAUCUUCCCUGUUACGCCAUCCCUCUCCAGAACUAUCCCGGCUGAUCUCGGCUCAUGGAUCCCUCAGUAAAGGGGAGAGAAACUUCCAGUGGCCUGUCCUGGCUUUUGUAAUCCAGCACCAUGACCUUGAGGGUCUGGAGGUGGCCAUGAAACACGCACUGAGGAAGUCUGCCUGCAGGGUGUUUGCCAUGGAGGCAUUCAACUGGCUGCUGUGUAACGUGAUCCAGACCACCUCCCUGCAUGACAUCCUUUGGCACUUUGUAGCUUCUCUCACCCCGUCUCCCUUUGAACCUGAGGAUGAGGAGGAUGAUGAGAACAAAGGGAACAAAGAAAACGUGGACCAGGAAAGAGAUCUUGGCGUCUGUGAGCAUCCUCUGUCAGACAUUGUUAUUGCUGGAGAAGCAGCUCAUCCUCUCCCCCACACCUUCCACCGCCUCCUUCAGACCAUAUCUGACCUCAUGAUGUCACUCCCUGGUGGUAGCUCGCUGCAGCAGAUGGCUUUAAGGUGCUGGAGUCUCAAGUUCAAGCAGUCAGACCACCAGUUCCUCCACCAGAGCAACGUCUUUCAUCACAUCAAUAAUAUCUUGUCCAAGUCGGACGAUGGAGACAGUGAGGAGAGCUUCAACAUCAGCGUGCAAUCAGGCUAUGAAGCAAUGAACCAGGACCUCUGCUUGGUCACCUGUCUGAAGGACUUGACCAGCGUAGUGGACAUCAAGACGUCUAGUCGUCCCGCUAUGAUUGGCAGCUUAACAGACGGUUCCACCGAGACCUUCUGGGAGUCUGGAGAUGAGGAUAAGAACAAAACGAAGAGCAUCACCAUCAGCUGUGUGAAAGGCAUAAAUGCCACCAAUGUGUCUGUUCACGUGGACAACUCCAGAGACAUUGGAAACAAAGUGACAUCUGUGUCAUUCUUGUGCGGAAAAACGAUCGAGGAUCUCUGCAGAUUUAAACAGGUUGACCUUGACUCACGUCAUAUGGGUUGGGUGACAAUUGAGCUUCCCGGAGGGGACCACCACGUGAUUAAGGUGGAACUGAAAGGUCCGGAGAACACCCUGAGGGUGCGGCAAGUGAAGGUCCUUGGCUGGAAAGAGGGCGAGAGCAUAAAAAUUCCAGGACAGAUCUCAGCCAGCAUGGCCCAACAGAAGAACUGUGAGGCAGAGACUCUCCGAGUGUUUCGCCUCAUCACCUCGCAGGUUUUUGGAAAACUAAUCUGUGGUGAUGCAGAACCAACUCCAGAGCAGGAGGAGAAAAACCUGCUUUCAUCACCAGAGGGAGAAGACAAGGUGCCUUCUGAUGCAGAUCUUAAAGAGCACAUGGUAGGAAUCAUUUUCAGCCGGAGCAAACUGACCAACCUACAGAAACAGGUGUGUGCACAUAUUGUCCAGGCUAUACGCAUGGAGGCCACGCGUGUGAGGGAGGAGUGGGAGCACGCCAUCUCCAGCAAAGAGAACGCCAACUCCCAGCCUAGCGACGACGAUGCCUCCUCAGAUGCCUACUGCUUUGAGCUCCUGUCCAUGGUUCUGGCGCUGAGCGGCUCCAACGUGGGUCGUCAGUACCUGGCUCAGCAGCUUACGCUCUUGCAGGAUCUGUUUUCUCUGCUGCAUACUGCCUCACCGCGAGUGCAGAGACAGGUGACGUCGUUGCUCAGACGUGUCCUUCCAGAGGUGACGCCUGUGCGACUCGCCAGCAUCAUUGGAGUAAAGGCUCUGCCACCAGCAGACAUCAGUGACAUCAUCCACUCCACAGAGAAAGGCGACUGGAACAAGCUGGGAAUUCUCGACAUGUUCCUGGGCUGUAUUGCUAAAGCCCUCACUGUACAGCUGAAAGCCAAAGGCACCACCAUUUCUGGAACAGCCGGAACGGCGGCAGGCAAAGGAGUCACCACAGUGACACUGCCCAUGAUCUUCAACUCGAGCUAUAUUCGCAGAGGGGAGAGCCACUGGUGGAUGAAAGGUUCCACUCCCCCACAAAUUGCUGAGAUCAUCAUAAAGCUGGUCAAAGACAUGGCGGGUGGCCACCUUUCAGAUGCCUGGUCCAGAGUCACCAAAAACGCAAUAGCUGAAACCAUCAUAGCCCUGACCAAAAUGGAGGAGGAGCAUAGGUCACCUGUGCGCUGUAUCGCCACCACCAGGCUGUGGCUGGCCUUGGCUUCGCUAUGUGUGCUGGACCAGGACCAUGUAGACAGACUGUCCUCUGGACGUUGGAUGGGCAAAGACGGACAGCAGAAACAGAUGCCCAUGUGUGACAACCACGAUGACGGUGAGACAGCAGCCAUCAUUCUGUGCAACAUGUGCGGUAACCUUUGCACAGACUGUGACCGCUUCCUCCACCUGCACCGACGCACGCGCUCUCACCAGAGACAGGUGUUCAAAGAGGAAGAGGAGGCUAUAAAGGUGGAUCUCCAUGAAGGCUGCGGGAGGACGAAGCUCUUCUGGCUUAUGGCUCUGGCUGACUCCAAGACAAUGAAGGCUAUGGUGGAGUUCAGAGAGCACACAGGUAAACCAGCUUCCAGUAGCUCAGAGGCAUGCAGGUUCUGUGGUACGAGGAAUGGAACCGAGCUGUCCGCAGUCGGCAGCGUGUGUUCCGACCCAGACUGUCAGGAGUAUGCUAAACUGGCGUGUAGUAAGACGCACCCUUGUGGACACCCGUGUGGCGGCGUGAAGAAUGAGGAGAGCUGCCUUCCGUGUCUCUACAGCUGCGACAAGAACACCGGCUGUUUAAAACAGGAUGCGGACGACAUGUGUAUGAUCUGCUUCACAGAAGCACUUUCUGCUGCUCCUGCAGUACAGCUGGACUGCAGUCACGUGUUCCAUCUUCAGUGUACUCGUCGUGUUCUGGAAAACCGCUGGCUGGGGCCCCGGAUCACAUUCGGCUUCAUGUUGUGUCCCAUCUGCAAGAACAAAAUCAAUCAUUCUGUGAUUAAGGACCUGCUCGACCCCAUUAAGGAGCUUUAUGAGGACGUGAGGAGAAAAGCUCUGAUGAGGCUGGAGUACGAGGGCUUACACAAGAGCGAGGCUAUAACUACACCAGGAGCGCGCUUCCACAACGAUCCCGCUGGCUUUGCCAUGAACAGAUAUGCAUAUUACGUCUGCUUCAAGUGCAAGAAGGCCUACUUUGGGGGAGAGGCACGAUGCGAUGCAGAAGCAGGACAAGGAGACGAUUACGACCCCAGCGAGCUGAUCUGCGGCGCAUGCUCAGACGUGUCCAGGGCUCAGAUGUGCUCCAAGCACGGCACAGACUUCUUAGAGUAUAAAUGCCGGUACUGCUGCUCCGUGGCUGUUUUCUUCUGCUUUGGCACCACACACUUCUGCAACGCCUGCCACGAUGACUUCCAGAGGAUGACCAGCGUCCCCAAGGAGGAGCUGCCCCACUGUCCUGCAGGACCCAAAGGCAAACAGCUGGAGGGGACAGAGUGCCCGUUGCAUGUGGUGCACCCGCCUACAGGGGAGGAGUUCGCUUUGGGCUGUGGUGUGUGCCGAAAUGCCCACACCUUCUAAACCGUUAAACACUCACCGUGAAGAAAACCUGAUAUCUAGUGCGAUUUCCGGCUGCCGCUGCCAGAGCUCAGGCCCAGAGAUCAACUCUAGCAUCGUCAAGGAAUUCCCCCUGGAUGACGCACCAGGAUUCUACCCUCGCCGGGAGUCCUCAGGUCUGCUUUUGUGCCGAGGAGUCUCCUGCCUCUGCUCCACAGGCGAGCCGUGGCACCUUCGGGUUGAAGUGUAACCUUAAUGAUAAAACAUAAUAGGACUUUUAAAAAAAAUGAAAAGAAGAAGAAAAAAAAAACCCUUGUGAAGUGUUUGCAUGCGGCCGUUGUAUCCUGUCGGCUUCCAUAGACGUUGCACACCUCCCGAUCAUUGAAGUGUAACUAUCCAAGAUUAAACAUUACAUAUGAACUCGAUUUGCUUCAAGCAACUGUGGAACAGUGUGGAUUUGAGGGGCGGAAAAAAGUAAAACAGGCCGUAUUUCCAGCUUCCUAGCUAUAAAUUUAAAAUAUUGUUGUAUGUAAACAUUUUUGGUAAUCUUGUACAGUAUCCACCACUGUCAAGUGCAUCAUAAUUUUGAUGGAGAGAAGAAGAAGAAAAAAAAAAAGAUGUUGGUGGAUAAGAAUAUCGUGUGGGAGGAAAGUCGUGUAUGAUUUAUCUAAUCUUGUAUAUAAUGAUAGUAUAAAAAAAGAAACAAAAAUGGCUGUAUUCCGAAGUUGCUACUCUUCAAACACUUCAGUUUUGUUUGAUAUUCUGGGUUUUGUUUUGAGCCAGAACUUUUAAUGAAGUGCAAUACUGGGUGUGCCUCCUGUUUUGCAGCUGUUUAACGUACAGAAUGUAUGUAUAAAAGCCACUGUACAUUUUUAUACAGUAGACAGUUGUAUUUUAGACACACACCCCCCCCCCCCCCAAGAACAUCGACUCUUUCGUGUUGUCUGUGUGACGAGCAGCCUGGUGCCUGAAGCAAAUGAUGGUGGAUGAAAAUCCUGUUUACAAAAAAAACAAACAAAUACGCAAACCGACCAAAUCCUUCAAUAAUACAACUUCAAAGUACGAAAAAUUACAGCUGAACAUCUUGAACCUGACUUUCCAUACCAAAUAAAGUUGUGCACCUAUAAUACGUUUCCCGACCAGGAGGCCGAGGAAUUUGGUGUGUGUGUGUGUGGGGGGGGAGACUGGUGAGAGACGAAGAGUAAACAGCUGCUGUUAUAUAAAUAAAGCUUAAUACUUGUGAAUCUGCUCUGUAAUAUCUGUGGUGGAUGGAGUUGAAUGGUAAUAAACCAGGUUCUCUGUUUCACAAA